ACGGGCGACACGCCACUGGUGCAGGCGGCGGCCAACGGCCACGACCAUGUCGUCCGCGUCCUCCUCGACCACCAAGCGUCCACUGAGGGCGUGCGCGAUGACGGCAAGACGGCGCUGGUGUACGCGGCGCAGCACGGCCAGUCGCAGCUCGUCGAGACGCUGCUCGAGCACCACGCCAACACGGAGGCCACCGACGAGGCGCGCAGCACGCCUCUCCUGGCGGCCUGCAUCAACGGCCACGUCGAGGUGCUCCGCGUGCUCCUGCAGUUCGAUACGGAGCUCGAGGCGUACAACGACGACGGCUGGUCCGCGCUCAUGUACGCGUCUGCGAUGGGCCACUACGAGUGCGUCAAGCUCCUCCUUGCGAAAGGCGCGCGCGUCCAGGCAGUCUCUUCGAACGGCUCGACGGCGCUUUUAGUCGCGACGCGCAAGGGGUACCACGAUGUGGUGCUACUUUUGCUACAGCACAAGGCACCGGUCGACGCCACGUUCAACACGGGCGGUUUGACGUCGCUCAUGGUGGCUGCGACGCAAGGCUACUUGAGUAUUUUGCAGCUCUUGCUGCAGUUCCACGCCAAUUUCACGCUGCGCAACCACCUCGGGAAAACCGCGCUCAUGUACGCCGCAAGCUCCAACCAAGUGGCCAUUGUCGAGUAUCUCCUGAGUCUCCAAGUGGCCGUCGACGCCUGCGACAACCACGGAACGACGCUGCUGAUGCUCGCGGCGCAAUACGGCCAUGCCGACAUGACCAAGCUGCUCCUCGACCGCAACGCCAACCUCAACGCGGAAGAGACGGACGGGUCCAACGCGCUCUUUUACGCGACCGACAACAACCACAAG